AUGGACGACGAAGAUAACGAUUACGAGAUCGAAAGACAGAAGACAAUUUUGCAAAACCGACUUUUACUCGAUUCACUAGGUUUAGAUCCCAAUGGAUCAUCCAAGAUUCCUUUUGCCCGUUCAACCGCAUCUCCAAAGCCCAAACCAGCCAGUAAGAAACGUAAAGCCCCUCCUACUUCGAAUGUCGAUGAAGGUCCGCGAAGGAGGUCAGGGAGGUUGGCAGGGUUGGAAGCUGAUAGUGAGACGUUGAAAGUGAAAUUGGAGGAUGAAGCUAAAGAAAGAGAGGUAUUGAGAGUCAUUAGUAGGAAAGAGAGAGAGAAGAUCAUGGAUGUUGGUAAGAUGGUUGAGGAUCCUGAAGAAGGUGAGGUGAAAGGACUGGAAGAUUACCUCGAACGUAUCUCAUUGUCCUCUAAUCCACGACGAUAUCCCAAAGAAUCUGAUUCACCGAAAGACGCAUAUGCCGAUUCCGACCCCAAUACCAUAUCUACCGAAGUGGCACGAUUGAGAUCUGCAUUCAAAAAUAUGGAGCUGAAAGCUAAUGCCAAAGUGACGGAGGAUAGGGUGUUCAGUAUGGUGGUUCAUCCUGAGAAGAAGAAGACGCUGGUUUUUGUUGGUGAUAAAUCUGGACAAUUGGGAAUUUGGGACGCUCUUGGUCCACCCGAAGAUAUCGUAAAUUCGGACGAUGAUACGACUGGCGUUAAGCAAGAACAGCAGGAAGACGAAUCGUAUGAGGGAAGAGUAUGGAGGAUACAGGCUCAUGCUAGGAGUGCUAUCACUGCUAUGAAAGUGAACCCAGUGAAUGGUACAGGACUCUUCACGUCGUCAUACGACUGUUCUCUCCGUCAUCUCGAUUUCGCGACCCUAAAGUCCACUGAACUAUUUGCAUUCCAAGAUGAAAAUACCCUAGUGACCCAUUUUGAUCUUCUGCCCAAUGGUGAAGAAGCGUGGAUCACCGAUCGGUACGGUGGAUUGACGCAUUGCGAUUUCAGAGAAGGAAAAAACGAGAGGAGGCGAUUCGUAGUUCAGGAUGAAGGGAGGGCGGCUAAGCUGGGUGGGAUCAGUGUGAAUCCCCUCAUGCCACACCUUAUCGUAACAGCAGGAAACGACCAACACCUCCGUCUAUGGGACGUCCGAUCCCUAUCAUCCAUCAACCCUACGUCCAUUCCGACACCACCGCCUUCCGCUAAAACCGAAGGGGAGAGUAUAGAUACGCAUCUAACGGGUGAAACGCCUUAUGAGGAAGUAUCAAAGUAUAUGCACUCGAAAAAAGGUCAAGGGUUGUUGAGAGCAAGUUGGCAGCAUGGUAAAUCUUGUAGUUCGGCUUAUUGGGAUCCGUGGGGUAGGAGGGUAUUGACUACUAGUUAUGACGAUAAGUUGAGAGUAUGGUCACUUCAGCCUUCUUCAUUGUUGCUUCCCACACCACUCUCUCCAUCACAUUUCCAACCAUCCAAGCAGAUCCCGCACAAUUGUCAGACAGGAAGAUGGUUAACUAUCCUUCGUGCGCAAUGGUCCCUGAACAUGGAUUAUAUACCCCACUUCACCGUGGGCAAUAUGAAGAGAAGCUUGGAUGUGGUUGCUGCGAACGGAGAGAAGAUCGCCCAACUGUGGAAUGAUGUAGUAACCGCUGUACCUGCUGUGACUGCGUCCCAUCCAAAAAUAGUAGAUCAUGUGGUGGGUGGUAAUACGAGUGGGAGAGUGCAAUUAUGGGGAGCAGGAUCAGCUUGA